AUGAAGGAGAAGUUCAUUGAUUUGAAGGACCCUGUGCUAUUUUCCGGAUCGUUAAGGAACAAUUUAGAUCCAUUCAACCACUAUAACGAUGAGAGUAUCUGGUUUGCCAUCGAGUGUGCGCACCUCAAGGAGUUUGUCAUGGGCCAGGAGGCGAGGCUAGAGUUUGAAUGCGGCGAAUCCGGACAGAAUUUAAGUGUCGGACAAAGACAAUUAGUUUGUUUAGCACGAACACUAUUACACAAAACAAAGAUUCUCAUACUAGACGAAGCAACUGCAGCUGUUGAUAUGGAGACAGAUGACCUUAUUCAAUUUCUUCUGUUUUAUUAUCCAAAUUUAUCAUUUUUGUAUAAUUCAGAUACCAUCCGUAAACAAUUCAGUGAGUGUACAAUAUUAGCAGUUGCUCAUAGACUUAAUACAGUAAUGGAUUAUGACAGGAUAAUGGUCCUGGACAAAGGUAAACUGGCGGAGUUCGAUACACCCGCAUUCUUGUUAGAUAACACGGAAAGCAUAUUCUAUGGAAUGGCGAAAGACGCCAGCAUUGUGUGACGUCAUACGUGUCGAUCUGGAAAUGUGUGACGUAAUGUACCAGAAACAAGAAGCUUACAGUUGUCAUUAUUCUCAGGCAGUUAUUGAUUAUUUUAUUCAAGAUGACACAUCCAACGUUUACUUUAUUAUUUUAAAACGAGAUACGAAUAUUCCACGCUAUAUUGUUGAAUAUAGGCCUAUUCUAUCUUUUAUUUUGCACGUUUGUAACGUCGCUUUUCAUUGGAUAAUCUUGAUGUUUAUAUAAAUUAUAUCUAAUAUGUGAAACUUACAAAUGAACGUUAAUUUAAGAAUAAAAAUUUAAAUGCAGAAAUUAUA